GGAUUUCAUUGAGAAUUCAAAUGGGGAAGACAGCUCGCGAACUGAUAUUAGGACGCAUGCAAUCACUGGCAGGGGGUUUCGGCGUGCUAACUUACCUAGGAGAUAUCAGGACAGGAAGCCGAGACAGGCCGUUGCCACGACUGUGUCUUCCGAAAGGCGCGACUCUUGCCCCAUUGGGGACUAGCCUGUUGUACUUGUUGAUUCCGUCCAUUUCCCACAAGUGCUCGAGACAUUUCUGCACGGCUUUUGCCCUCCCACAAUGCUCGAGCAGACUAUUUGUCGACGCUGACUGUAGCUAAGUCCAACAGACAAACUAUGCAUGUUGCUGUUUCAGUUUUGGUCAUCUGCAUUGUGUUUCGUAUCUGAGUAUGGUAUGCUGCCCAGUAAGAUAAGACCUGAAACUGCCUGGUAACUCCCCCAUGGGCCGAACUACUUGUUGGAUACAAGAUAGUGUUUAUCAUGGCUCGGCAGGCGUCGCAAUUACAGCUACUAGAGCAGACGGUGAGAGUUUCGAAACAGCGAACUAGAGUCCGUUUAUACCACACUCUUGUACGGAGUAGAACUUAUUGAUCGAAGCUUUUGCACUCGAAUUCUCCACCUUUGGUUCCGGUCACCGGUUGUCGCUCUAUUGACCUCGCCUUGCUUGCCUUUUCUCACGCCAACUGCUCUGCACCGGGUCGAAUCUACACGGACAAGGUUAUAAGAAUGAGUUGUUCACAUACCGCCCAGGAGGGUCAGCGGCAGCCAGCAUUGUUCCCUCCCCCCGGUCACACAGCAUGAGCGCCUUGCAAAGUCCCGAGGGUCAGGCGACAACUGAAUUGCCUUUGCCGUAUACUUUUACAUACAAGCACGUUGAUGGCUUGCAAAUCGAAGCAGACGUACAUGUCCCGCUGGUGCCAGUUCUCAAUGGCUCGGUGGUUCUCUAUUUACACGGCGGUGCGUGGCUAGGCGGGAUCCGUACCGACUACCCUCGGGCUCUGUUCCACGAGUUCCUCCACCGCGGAUACACGGUCGUCUCGGCCGACUACAGACUGGUGCCUGAAGUCGGCUUCCAAGAGCAGCUGGACGACAUUCGCUCGAUCGGGCUCUGGAUCCAGAACGAUCUAGAUGCCGCCUUACAAGACCGGGGACUCUCCAACACCACCCUCGACACCGCCACCGUGAUCGUGGCCGGGUCUUCGGCCGGUUCUUUGCUCGCAGCGUUCACGUCCCUGUCGUGGCCGAUCAAACCACGGGCACUGCUCCUGAUAGCCGGGCCAACGGACCUGGUCAACGUGAGACCAUUGAACCAGCCGUUGCGAGAACCGUUGAAGUCGAUAGCCGCGCACAUUCCCAACCACGUGUCGCACGACUUCAUCGAAUCGGCCCUUUCGCAGCACGUCAGACCCAACGUGCCCCCUCCUCGGAGCCUGCAAGACUUUCUGCAGCCUCGAGCACUCCUGGGCCUCUCCUUGCUCAAGACAGGUGUCUGGCCUGCAUUCCUCGCUCGCGGAUUGGUCGACGGGUGUCUCCCAGAUGCUAAAAGCGUCCCAACCACCGAUCUCGAAGCACUCAGUACGACCACCCCCCUUUGUGUCUGCUCUCGUCUACAGACAAGAACGACCACGUCGAGAUACGCUAACGGGUGACGUUCUAGGUCCGGUGCAUUUUGAUCUGACCGGGUUCCCGCCGACUGUGCAGGUCAUCGGGGACUGCGACGAGGCCUUCGAGCUCUCGCAGGUGUCGGGUUUCCACGACAAACUCCAGCAGGCUGACGUCAAAUCUGCCAUGCUUGUUGUGCCUGGCGCGAGCCACGGUUUCGAAAGCAUGUCUCGAGUGGGCGACCGCGUCCACAACCGCUUUCUCACCACAGCAUGCGACAUUGUUGAGGAGUUUGCAAUGAUCAGUUUCAUGUAGUUUCUAUCUAGAUGGUAAAUAUUGAUGGCAU